CCUGUGUGUGCACUCCAACUUUCUGUGAAGAUGGGCCCCACGCUGCGCUUGUUGGUGCUUAUGAGCAUAAUAGGAUAUGUUGAACUGAUCACAGUCACAACUCCGCAGAAAAAUGUCAGUGUUACAAUGGGUCAAAGUGUCCUACUCCAAUGUAUGUUCGUGACUAAUGUAGCCACCACCGGCCUUAACAUCCAGUGGGACUUCGUUUCAUCGGCCUCCAUGAAGCCACAGCAGGUGUAUUACUAUCAAUCAGGAGAGGAUGUCAUUACAAAAUCUUAUACGGGCAGGCUUCAACCUUCAUCUUCUCCCGGCACGACCAAAAACGCCUCAAUAGUAAUAAGCAACAUGCAACCAUCAGAUGCCGGAAUCUACACUUGUCAGAUUCACAACUUUCCUGAUGUGGACGGACCGUCUGAGGCCUAUAUCAUUGUGAAUGUUCUUGAGAAGCCCACUGUUCCUUAUUGCGCCGUCCACGGUGACGUGGAAUCAGGUCACUUGGUCACUCUGACCUGCCACAGUGAGCGUGGGAGCCCCAACCCGACAUAUACCUGGACCAGACUGGAUCAGACUCGGACAAGGAGGCCUGUACUGGGACUAGUGACCACAUCUGGAAUACUGGAAUUCAAAAACAUAUCCCAGUUUGAGUUUGGGGAGUACCAGUGCAACGCUACAAAUGCAGUGGGAUUUUCAACUUGCACUAUAGAGCUAAAUCCUGAAGCGGGAGAUGGAGUGAUUGCUGGCGCGGUGAUCGGCGCCUUGCUCGGGUGUGUCCUGAUCAUCCUGGUCGUGUGGUUCAUCGCUCGCACGGUGAAGAAACACAAGUACAAGGAGGUCAAAGUAUCAGAGGCCCACGCGAUGAAGAGGAGCUCUCCUCAGGCCCAGGAAGCCUCGGAUAGCGUUCCCGUGGCAACCACAGCCGACAGCCUCCACGAUGAGGAAGAUGAGCCACAAGCCUGAAAAAAAGGCCUGUUGAAAACAGCUGGAGCAACGUCACUCUUCUGAACAACAGGAUGUCCAGUCUUCAGCACACUUCAUUCUCAAAUGUAAUCAAUAUGACGGAGCUCACGCUCGCGUUUGAACCAUCAAUUUAAUCUUUAACAGC